UAUAUUUACGGACGACUGGCAACACUGGUCAUUUUUCGUAUCUCGAGUAUUUUUGGUGAACGGGAUAAAUUCUACGGAAAAAAGAAGAUAAAUAUAAAAAAAAAUAAAAAUAUGGAUUUAAAAUAACACAUAAAAGCAGAGAAUAAAUGAUUGAUUUAUUAAAAAUAACAGCAAUUUGUUGAAUUUGUAAGAAAUAAUAGCAAAAAGAAAAUAGUGUAAAAGUACAACUAAAAUGAGGGUCUGUGUGCGUGUGUGUGUAAAAGCAAAAGACAAAAAAUUAUCUUUUGUUUGUGUGUAAAACGUAGUGUAAAGAAGGUUAAUGAAAAAUAAAGAAAAAAACAAAUCCAACAAACCAGUAUUUAGAGGAUUUGGAAAUUAAGUAAAUGAAAAUGUAUUUUAAAUUAAGAAACUCAUGCAUAAGGCCCAUCAGCAUUUUGUGAGAAACAAGUGAAUGAAGCAGUAAAAUGGAAGCGAAAAUAAUUGUUGUUGCUGCUGUUGUAAUUGUGUGUUAAACAAGCGAAUACAAAAGAAAAAUAUAAAACGACAGGGUGUUGCCAUAUUUUGUGAACGCAAAACAAAAACAAAGUGGCGUUUUUUCUUCGCAACAUAUCCUCUACUUGCUGUUUGUUUUCAUUGUUGUUGCCUUACAUAAAUGUUCUACAGCUGUGGGAUUUUGUAGUUACUGAAAAGGUAAUUUAGGAACUUCCUUCUAUAUCAGCAGCAGCAGCAAAUUAUCGCUGUGUUCUGGCCGGAAAAUUGAUAAUCAUUUUGCAAAGUUUGUUUUGGUUGUACAUGAAGUAAUGAACUCGUUUAGUGUCCCUUAAUUAUGCGAAAUAUGAAAACGGACACUGGCUCCUCAGCAUCAGCGUCGUCGACAACCAACAAUAAAAUAACUUUGCGAGAAAAACCCACAGCUAGAAUAUUGUUUAUCAAUUCAUCAAUAAACCAUUCAUAUGCCGGACCGGAUUCAGAUUUGAAUAAUUAUUUAACAAAUAUUAACGAUAUGGAAGCCUCAACCAGCCACAUAACAGUCAUCGAUGAUGAGGAUGAGAAAGAUCCACUGGCAUUGGAUACCAGCUCUACUGAAGAUUCGCUUGGUAGUGCUCCAUCAACAUCAAAGCAUUCCCAUAGUCUAAGACGCCAUGUACCACGAAUUAUUGUCAAACCCAUACUACCUGAUAAGAAAACCACCAGCAGCAAUACAAGCCCCUCCGCAGCAACAGCAGCAGCAAAUGUGGCUGUGAGUUCUACGGUUAGUGGUAAUACUUCAUCAACAGUUGUGAAUAGCAGUCCCUCGGGUCGAACUAGCAGUAGUCGACGUAUACAGCAACAGCAGCAAGCAAAAGCUGCGGCAGCUGCUGCGGCCGCCGCUGCAGCAGCUGCUGCUGCAGCUUUAACACAGAGUACCACCAGCCCUGCCACUGCAACAACUCAAGCUUCAACAAUGCGCGAGGUUUUGGCAUCCAUACCCGGGUUCAGUAUCAAACCUCGACGGCGAUCAUCGAAGAAAAUGUCCACAGCGGCACAAAUUGAACAGACCAAGGAUGGUAAAAUUGAUUUGGAAACUCCCGACUCUAUUUUGGCAUCCACAAAUUUGAGAGCUCUGCUCAAUAAGCAAACAUUUACCAUGCUCCCACCUUUAUAUCAAUACAAUUUGAUACAAUUACUGCCUAGCGUAGAUCGCGAGGCAAUUGAAAUGGAGCAUAAAUAUCCGGCGAAUACCGUGCCAACGGAAGGCAUACGACUGGGUCCAUCAAGUCUUAAUAAUGAAUUUUUCGCUCGGGCCUGUUUGGAAUGGCGGGAACGUCUUUCGGAAGGUGAAUUUACGCCGGAAAAUCAGAUGAAAUUGAAAACUGAAGCGGAGAGAGAGAAAAACAAGCUAGAUCCCUGGAAAUUGAAGCAUUUCGAACCAAUUUGGGGUGAGAAAUCAUUCCAUCGGGCAACCGCAAGUAACUGUCUGAAUAAUAAAAGCAACACCGCCACCUCCUCCGCAACCUCCACCUCAACCACGACCACCUACAAUACCAACACUAAUCUGAAGAGUGAUGCUGACAACAAUAAAUCCAUAGAAAUAAUCGAUAACGCAACUACAUCAAUAUCAUCCACAUCAACCACCAGUGCCUCGAAUUCAUCAAAAACCGAAGCAUUAUCCUCAAAUUCACCAACAUGCUCGUUGUCCUCCACAAUAUCAUCAUGUUCAACAGAUGUGGCAGUGACUGUGUCCGAGGUCGUCGUGCCCAUUUCAAUAUCAUCUUCUGCGGUAAAGGAAACCCCUUCAUCACUUGCAAAGGCCAAGGAUUGUUUAGAUAGUAACAUUAAGGAGGAGGAGCAGGAGCAGGAAAAAUCCUAUGUAAAGACUGAAAAUAAUCAAGAAAAUUGUGGAAGACCCAAGGAUAGAAAUGCAUCGGAAGGCAAAUCUCCCCACUACACCUGUGAACAGCCAACGACAUCGGCAUUAGCCCUUAAAACUAGCCAAGAAUCACAAAGACGUGGUACCAAACGAUCAUCGGCCAGUCCUCCAAACACGGGCUUUAGCAAAGACGACGCUAACAAUACAACAAUCACCAAUGCCACUAAUAUCAUGGACACCACAAUAGCUGAAGAAGAUGCAAGUGAAAUUAUAUUGGAUGACUGUAAUGUUCCUAUAGAAAUCAAAAGUGAUAGUGAGAAUGAGAUGCAUGAGGAGGCAGAAGAGGAAGCUUCUGGUCCCAGCAGUAGUAAAAAAUUGAAAAUAGAAACCACUGCAAGGGAAAUUAUAUGCCAUGAUUUAACUCAAGACGAGGUAAUGGUGUGUGAGCCAACAACACAAAAUUUGGUCGACGACCAGGAUGAAACGGACGAAGAAGAAGAAGUAGAUCAGGACGAAGAGGAGGACCAUGCCAUUACAAAUGAUAGACAAAAUGUUAAUGUUGCCAACACCAGCAUUGCCAGCAAUUUAUCGACAACAACAACAAUAUCAACAACUGUGAACAGUACCUGUGAUAAUCAACAACAACAACACGAGCAACAUGUUAAUGAAAACGAAAAUGAGCCCAACCACCAAACAACUCCACACCACACAAAUUCUGACCAUGGUCAAUACUUUUCAUUUUCGGCCAGCUCCCCAGAUAUCCAACAACAACAGCAGCACCACCAACACUCAUCUCAGCACUCCACCACCACAUUGGAGUUGUCAUUAAACUUGGAUAACUAUGAAAACCCAGCCAUGGCAAACAAUGGCUACAACGAAGAAGAUGAAGAUAUUAUCGAACAGAAAUUCAAUGAUGCCGAAAAUUACGUAUUAGAGUCGGCUGAAGUUAGUACUGACGACAGUGGUACUGAUUCUAAAUCUGAGAAACCUACUAACAACCUUACUGACACAGCAACGGUGGACGACACACCAGCUGCCGCUGAAAGUGUUGUAAACGAAGAUGAUUUUUUAUUUACUAACUCCCUUGAUCGUGUUAUUAUACCCGAUGAAACCACAGACGAAAGUAAUCUCAUGACCUCGACGACAACAUUAUCAUCGGCUGUUUCAACGACAACAACAUCAUCAUCUUCAUUAUCGGCCGAUUCUUUGCCAUUGACCUCAACAACUACACUGGCAUCCACGACAGCAUCUUUUACAGCGCCUUCAUCUUCGUCUUCGAACCCAUUGAAUAAUAUUAAAGCAGUGGCAACAUCUGUUGUAUCCUUGGCUCCAGCCAACAUCCUCAAGGAGAAUUCGACACAAACAAACCCAGCAUCAACGCAAUCCGUCUCUGUUGCCGCUGCUUCGGCUGAGGCCAUACAACAUCAACAGCCCACAGUAAGUGAUGUUUUUCACCAUCUGAAUCAUGAUUGGAAUUUUGGAGGCCUCAAGUUGGGCAUAAAUACUGCUGCUAUGCCGUCAUCCUCAUCCUCAAUACAAAACGCAGAUGAUCAGCAGCAGCAGCCACAAUCCAGCAAUUAUUGCAAUAUCUUGCAACAGACAUCGACGGCUGGGAAUGAAGUUGUCAUUCAGGAAGAUAAUCAUAACAUACAGAUCGAUGCAAAUAAUAUAAUGGAGGAGCAUCAUCACCACAAUGAGGCCGUCGUAGAAGAGGAACAUACAAUAGAAGAGGUUCCCGAUGAUGACGAUGAUGUUGAGGAUAUGGAGGCCAGCAAUGCCGUUCGGGACAUAGUUGAUGAAUUACAGCAACAACAUCAACAAUUACUGCAGCUGCAACAGCUAAAACAAUUGCAGACUGCCGAAUUGGAAGAUGCCUUUCAUAAUCAACAGCAGCAGCAGCAACAACUGGAGCAACACCACCAGCAACAGCAGCAGCAACAACAGGAACUUUCACAAAUCAAUGAAUAUGUUGGAGAGCUAACUUCCUCUAAUGAAAUGAUGGCCACCGAUGUCCCCAUGUCCAUAACAGAAAUGGAAGUGACUAGCACGGUGAUAACCACCAACACCAAUUCCAAUGACAGCAUGAAUGACAUUAGUAUGUGCAGCAGCUCCAGCAGCACUGGCAGUCUGACAACGCCCAACAUUGCACCGAACACCUUGGGGCAGUUACAACAGCAGCAGCAGCACCAAUCUCUACAAAAUCAGCAACAACAUCAUGCCGCACAACAGCAGCAAAUUCCCAGUCCACAAUCUCUUCACAACACUCCACCCCAAAGACAAAUUUUGGUUGAUUCAAAUGGUCAAAUUAUUGGCAAUUUUUUGGUGCAACCAUCGCCACCAGCACAACAACAUCAUCAUCAUCAUGCUGCUGCUGCCCACACCACAACCCAGCAAAUACAACAACAGCAGAUAUUACAGCAGGCUGCUCAACGAUUUUCAUUUCAGCCCCAGACGAAUGCAGCAGCGGCUGCCGUUUUAGCUGCCCAACCGGCAAAUUCCGUAACAUUUGCCGCCCGGCAACAACAAAGGCAACAAUUGGCCCAGAAGAUACUGCCGGUAAUACAUAACACAAAUGGCCAGCAUUUUCUGGCGGCGGCAGCUGCUGCUGCGGCCGCUGGAGUGGUUCAACAGCCCCACAUUGAUGCCUCAACACAUCAUCAACAAAUUCAACAGUUUUCCUUACAACAAACACCAGCACAACAACAACAUCAAGCCUCACCAUUGCAACACAAUAUAACAGGUCAGGCCAGGCAGUAUUUAAGUAACUCUUCUCCCACCCAACACCACCAACAACAACAGCAGCAGCACUCUAAUAAUUUGUUAACCUCCCAGCAAAUUCAGCUGCAGCAGCAGUUGCAACAACUACAACAAAAUCACCUAAAUCCAUUUCAAAAUGUUAACAAUCAAUCAUCGAUAUCAUCACAUGGCUCCCAAACAGGCGCAGCAUCAUCACCAUCUUCAUCUGCAACGCAUCCCAACAACAGCAACAACACCACCACCACCACCUUAACUCCCAAAUUCAUUUCAAAGCAGCUAAGUAUUAUAUCUAUGGGCCCGCGUAAUGCCACAAUUCCUGCAAGUAUUGCCACCGCCGGCUCCAACACAGUUGCCAUUCCGUCCACUGCCUCCAAUGCACUGUACAAUAGCAACACCAACAACAAUCUGAAUACAACAAACAUAAAUGUCAAUGUACUCAAGACAUUUGCGCCAUCUGGAGUGCCUACAACCAUUGCUCAACAAAGGCCAGCCGCCAAGGCCUCGAACACUGGCAAGGGGAGGAAAUCAACAACCAAUAAACUGCCACCUGGGGCGGUAAAUAUUGAGCGCAGCUAUCAGAUAUGUCAGGCGGUUAUACAAAAUAGCCCCAAUAGGGAAAAUUUAAAGGCUCAGUUGAGGCCACCAUCAGCAUUGUUGAGCCAGCAACAACAACAGCAGCAACAAACUUCGAAUGCCAAUACAACAACAGCCAAGACAACGACUGUGGUGGCAACGGCCACAGGAAAUCUCAAGACCCCAGAAGACGUAAUCAUAAAUACGUUAACGGCAAACAAUACAACAGCGACAGCCUUGCCCAGCAAUGUCAUGGGUGUGGGAAGACCGGGGGUUUAUAAGGUCAUUGGUCCACGCAUGGGGUUUCCACGUAAAAAAUAUGUCCAACGAAAAUCAUCACCCACCCUAAUACGUCACAUUUUUGCCAAUCAGGGCACAGCGGUGUUACAAAAUGCCAAUUUAACGGCCGUUGCCACACCUGUUAGUGGGGUUGCCCAAAAAGUGACAAUAAUGCAACAAUCUGCUGGCGGUCAGCAACAACCACAGCUUGUCAGUGGCGGUCAACACAUAACAACACACGACAUUCAUCACAACGGCAAUGGACAGUAUGUGCUUUACCAUCGUGCCAAUGUUGGUGCGGCCGACAAUCAAGCUCCACGUGCUUCCAGUGCUCCACCAGUUCCUCAAAAUCAGAAUCAACUUCAUGGCAUGAAUGGUAUAACUGGACGCGGGCGUCCUGCCUCAGUAGAUGUAGAUUUGUUGAAUUCACUGCAAGAUAUUCAUAACAAUACAACAGUAUGUACGACAACCACACCAAAUGCCGCUGGCAAUACACAAAUUGUGCGGCGAAAUAUAGCCACAGGAAAUCUAUAUAUUGAAGGCAUUGGUGAUGCAACAACAUCAGGCUUAAUGGAUGCCAGUGGUAAUUACAUUGUAACAACAACCACAGCCUCUGCUAUGCCGGCGGGUGGUAUAAACUGUGGUGGCAUACGAAAUUCAGCUGCCGUCGCCGCAACAACAACCACAACACAACAAAUUCAACAUUCACAUCAGCAUACUAUUGACAGUGGCUGUAACAGUGGUAGUAGUAAUAGCAACAGCAGUCCAAAUACCAACAGUUCAGAUGGACAUAAUUGUGCCUGUUCCUUAAAUGCAAUGGUCAUUUGUCAGUCGUGUGGAGCAUUUUGUCAUGACGACUGUAUAAGUGCUUCAAAGCUAUGUGUAUCUUGUGUGAUUAGAUGAAUUGGCAAAGGUAUACGGCCACUAUUGUUGUCGUCGUCAUCUAUGCAAGCAAUAUGGCAGUUAUUAAAAUAACAACUACAAUAACAGCAGCAAGAGCAGUAUUCACCCAUUUCGCAUGCGCAAACGGCAAGUAUGGUUAUUUUUCUUUUACUGAGAAAAACAAAAUAGUAUAUCAAACACUGUUCUACAAUGUAUUGUAAUUGUUUUCAAUCAAACAAAUGUUUUUUGGUAACUGCUGUGCGUAAAAUUUUGUUAUUUUAAAACACUUUGGUACUUUUCUAAAAUACCUGCUUAGUGCGAUUUAGCUACCUAUUUCGCUGGUAAUUAUUUUUCCAAAUAUAACAUCUGCCUUUUUCGACUUCAGACAAUGUUGCAUUUACCUGUCAAGGGCAAUAGGUCUGUCUUUUAACCCAAAAUAUAACACUUUUUACUAGAAAUUGUCUGUUAGUAAAAUAAAAAAAUAUAAGUAAAAUCUCAUCUCAAGCCAAUUUCCAUUACAUCAAUUGCAGUUAUAUGACUAUUUUUUUGCAUUUGUGGAAUUUUCUUUAGACACAAGCUCAAGCUAAUGUAAAUGGAGAUAGGUAUUUUAUUCAGGUGGUUGACAAUGUUUUGUUGCCACCAAAAAGAGAAAACAUUUACCGUUUUUUUUUUUCAACCAAUAAAACUCUCACUAAGAAAAGAGAAAGAAUUUUUACCGUUAUUAACUUUGCACUAAUGGAAAGUUUAGCAGACAAUCGUAUGUUAUGAAGAAUGAUUAUUAUGACAACUUAAUUUAGUUGGCAACUACGGCACACAUGUACUUGCCAACCACUUCUGUAGAAUUCUAAUUGGAAAUAGUGGAGCGUAUUUUCAGUAGCAGGAGAUGCAAUUUUCUAUUAUAUGUUCUGGAUUUUUUUUAAGUUUUAUGGAAAAGAGUUCUGCUUAAACAUUUUAAGAAAUUUAAUCAAUGUAAUUUGUUUUGUUUAACUUAUGGUCCACCCAGUGAUGGGAGAUCGUAAUUUACAAAAUAUAUUCAUAUAGUAGGAAAUGAUUGCCGCUUGUCUUUCUUGAAAAAUGCUACUUUUCAGAAUACUGUAUAACAAAAAUAAUACAGCAAAUCAUGUUAAAGUCUAGAGCCAGAGAAUUGAGAAACAUAGAAUACCAUGGGAAUUGGUAUUUCUGUAUAUCUGAGCUGAAUUUCGUUGAGGUUUCGAAUUCCAGAAGAAUCACUGGACGGACGGGUUUAAAGUGGUUGAAGAAAAGAAAACUAAAAAAAUGUAUUUAAGCAUGAAAUCUAAAAAUCCCACUAUCAAUCGUCUGAAAAGUGAUUUGUCCGAAAUUUGCAUGUCCGAGAAACGAUUUAAUUGUUUGAAGGACUCCGAUAUGUGGAAAUAAAGGCAUAAAAGUACACAAUCUAAAGCGUAUCAUUAAAACAUGGUUCUGAAAAAAAAACCUUUCAAAAAUGUCCUAGAAAGUGAUUUAAAAAUUUAAAUUAAAAAAAAAAUUGGAUUGGAUAGAUCCAAUUUUUACAAAAAAAAAAAAAAAUUGUAUAACAGUGUUUUUUAUACAUUUAUAAGUGUACAAUAUGGUUGCAAAUCUAAAUUACCAUACUUCUUUAUUGUGUUUGAAAACUAAAAACAAUUUCAAAAUUGCUUUUUUCACAAUGUUAUAAAACAGAUGCAUAAUCGAAGAUGAUAGCAUUGUUCAAUUUCCAAGCAAUAUGACAUACUAGACAUUUGAAUUACCCUUUUCAAAUGCUUUUGAAAGUUUGGUUUUGAUUUUUUUUGGGAUUACUUGUUGCCAUUAUAAAAAUAAAAACCAAAAUUAAAUAAAAAACUGAAAAGGAAACCUUAAAUUAUAACAAACAAAAUGCAAUGAACAACAACAGCAAGACACACAUAUGUAUUAUUACAUACUCCAUAACCCCCCUAGAACAUACAUAUAUGCAAAUGCAAUUUCACAAAAUACCUACAGAUAUAAAUAAAAACAUUUUCCAAUACAUCCUUCUCCCCUUCUCCUCCACCUCAUUGAUAAUUUGUAUAAGUAUUUUUCUACUCAUUUGUACCUAUGCUUUAAAACAAAAACAAAAAAUCACA